AUAGCACGGUAAUGUUUACCCUAUCUACCCGUAUGCACAAAAAGGCAUGUAAUCAGUUAUGCACCAGAACGAAACUAACAUGGCCGAACAUUGACCUGAAUACACAGGGAUUCAUAAUGCCGCCAAACAACCUAGAUCGCGACAUACAAGAACACUAUGAAACGCUGAAAGACGUAUUCAGUUUCUUUAAAUCUGGACGACUUCGACAGGGAUGGAACAAAUUCAAAGAAAAUUAUCUACGGAAGAGGUAUGGAGCAAACUGGGAGCAACACCAGGUGAGUAAAAAUGAAGUGGGUUUCUUGGUGAUUGGAAUCGUCAUUGGUCUGUUCAUCCUUCUGUCUGUCUUCCUCUUCGUAAUUCUUAUUGAUGCCAUCGACCAUGCGUUCUCCAAGGAUUGGCCCUUCCAUGAAAUCUCUGCUGUGACAUCCUUUAUAAAAAAAAACGUAACCGGAGGUGACGUCAUUAGUUCGACUUUGCGUAAAAACAUUCCAAGUGCAUACAUUAAUUUAUAUAUGAGUUAUGUAUGUCAUAUACCAGUUUGAAGUAUAUAGAAUCAUAUACUCGUCUGUGAUAUGGCUUGUUUUGCAUGUGUGUUUAUUCUAGCUGUGCAUAGCCCAUAUUCCGGACAAAACCAUUUCCGCCCGGUAUCCGCCAUGUCCGCCCGGCAAGCGCCAUAUCUGCCCGGCACGCGACAUAUCCGUUUAACUUCUUAUUUUUUUAAUCGUUUUGAAAAUUAAAGGAUCCCUGUCAAGCUGAUUCCAAAACACUAGAGAUUCAACUGUGGGUUUUCGUAUAUACCCUUAGUUUUUAUCUGUAUAUAACUUUCGUAGACUAGGUAGCUCAAUUGGUUUGAGCGACAGUCUUACAAUCUGUGGUCCAGGUUUCGAAACCUGGUCUGGCCACAAUGCAUUUUUACACACAGAACACUGUUGGUGAUUAUACUUUGUUAAUUGUAUCUUUAUUAUUUGUUUAUUUUAUCUGUAGUUUAUCAAUUUUUCAUAAGACUCCCAGAUGUUGUUUUUUUUUCAGAAAUUAUAUUUAUAAAAGCUGUAGUCAUGCCGGAAAAAACCAGUUUCCAGUGUUUUAGUUUUUGGCAGUGGUACAGAGAUCCUUCAAAUACCAUGUCUUACACUAUGUAAACAAACUAUUUGGCAUCAUUUUUAUUAAUGAAAAA